AUGGCAACCAUCAAAGUGGCAGUUGGACAAAUGUGCUCCGGCUCAUGUCUCAAAACCAAUGCACGUAUUGCGUCCAAACUUGUGGAUAUGGCCGUCAAGGCCAAUGCUAAAGUACUCUUCCUUCCUGAGGCGGCCGAUUACAUCUCCAGAAACACCGACCACUCCAUUCGCUUGGCCGAACUGACCAAACGGGACUUCUUGGAGCCUCUUCAAGAGAAAAUCAGAUCAUACCACAAGUCUGGCGAAGUUGACGAUGGUAUAUUUGUUGCUGUGGGGAUUCAUGCCCCAGCCUCUUGUGAAAACAGGGGCAGAAAGGUUCAGAACAAUCAACUCUGGAUCUCCAAUAAAGGUGAGAUCUUGCACAGAUACCAGAAGGUGCAUUUGUUUGACGUAAACAUUGCUAACGGACCAGUCUUGAAGGAGUCUGAUGCUGUUGAGCCAGGAACAAAAAUUCAUCUUCCGUUCAAGAUCGGCAAGAGGUCUCCUUGCUCUGACUUCAGGGUCGGAUUGGCAAUCUGUUACGAUAUUAGAUUUCCAGAAAUGGCUUCGAGACUCAGACAAAAGGGUGCCCACAUUAUCACAUAUCCUUCAGCAUUUACUACCAAAACAGGCGAAGCCCAUUGGAGAGCUUUGGGCCGGGCCAGGGCUAUCGAUACUCAAUGCUACAUUGUAAUGGCUGCGCAGUGUGGAUCUCACGAUGUCACAGCCGAUUUGACCGAGGAAGAAAAGUCCGAAUUAAAUUACUCUACUACAAGAGACAGUUAUGGACAAGCACUUAUCGUUGACCCAUGGGGCGAAAUUAUUGCCGAAGCUCCAAACUACCAGAAUCGCGGUGCCAAAGACGAGGAUGGUGAUUACUACGAGAUGAUUACAGCAGACUUGAGCAAGGAGUUUUUGUACUCCAUACGCAGAGAGUUGCCUGUUCUUCGCCACAGACGUCCUGUGAUCUACUUGGACAGUUAUCCCGAACGUUAG